GCGAUAUCAAACCACAGUUGCUUCCUUUGUCCAUGCAGCCGAGCAGACACACCGUUCUCUCGACCUCAUAGGCAGCAGCAUAUCAAACAUGAUAAGAAACCAAAGGGAACAGCUUUUCUCCAAUUUUUCCAGAAUUGAUGACUGUCAAAGUGGAAUCUCUGUGGAGCUCUUCCUCCAUCUUUCACUCUUACCAUCAGUGGUGAUUAUAGGGGUGCUCUCAUUCCUCCAGAAAAGACAGAAGAAAUGUACCAUUGACCACAGACUGACCUUCCUAAAGGGGCGUUUUGCUGUUGUAGUGCCUUUGGAUACUAUAGGCGGCCUCAGUAAUCGAUGGUCCUAUGGCUUCGCGUAUGGUGCAGUUUCGAGCAGCGUCCUGCUGCUCUUCUCUGAACGUUACCUCCUCUUCGAUGUUCCAAACUGGGCCAGAGCUAUUGUGUACCUGAUUGGAGCUUUAGAAGUGGGCCUGGCAUAUUUCCCUGUCUUUGCCUGUUUGUCCACACCAUUCAGAAUGGUCGGAGCAGUGCUGGGAAUACUCUACUCUGUGGCCUGGAUCAUCGUUACAGUCUGGGAUACAUUCACCUGUCCCGAUGGUAAGAUCUUGGGAAGAUACCAGAAGAUCAUUUCCCAGUGGCCCUGCAUCCUCUCCUUCAUUUUCCUCCUGGGACGAUUUCUUUAUAUACUGAUUAAAGCUGUUCGAAUACGUCUGCAACUGGAACCAGAGGACCCUGGAGAGCUAAAUGAACAGCACCAGGUGCAGCAUGUUAAGAGACUACUGAGGAAAACAAUCAGUCGGCCACUCACCUGGUUCGAGAGGCGAGUGUAUGACUGGGACCCUUACUUCAAGUUUCCCAACAGGCUCAUUGGCACUGCAAUUAUAUCCCUUAUAGGCCUAUAUUUGAUGACACUUGCGGACUACAGCCUCAGUGAUGUUGCUUUUGACCACAUAGAGAGGUGGAAGGAUACUCUACAACAACUGCAUACCUCCUGUAACCAAACCGGGGCCUUGGAAGUCAUGAUACCAGAGCUGGAGGAAUUCCUUGACGUGGCCAGGAAAUCCUGGCUAGCCACCACCAUCUUUGCCAGUCUCAACUCUGUUGCCUACACCUUCCAUAUUUUAGUAUGUUACAGGAAACAUUUGAAGAGAUUGUGGAAAGGACAGAAGAGUUUUAUCCCUGAGAAGUUUCACAAACCUCGCUCUGCUGUCAGUGUGGCUUCCAUUGCAAGAUACUCUGGAUGGCAAAUAGCUUUUACACUGUGGGGCUACGUGAUAGUCCAUGUUGUCUACUUCCUCUUUGCUAUGCUGUUGGCCUAUGCACUGAUUCUUCCUAUAGUGCAUGGAAAUGUGGCAGCCAUAUUCAGCAACCUGGGAACGAUACUUCUGACCAUCGCUCUGGUGAUCGGCCUGGUGAUUCUCCAGGUAGCUUUGGUUCAGAUCUUCUUCCUUCAGGACAAAAUGUCUCCCACAGAUAAGGAGAAACCUCUGGCUCUCAACAACAGGAAGGCGUUCCACUGCUUCAACUACUUCUUCUUCUUCUACAAUGUGGUGAUGGGAGUCAGCACCUGCAUACUGAGACUACUGUGUAGCAUAGUGGUGGGAACAUGGCUCGUGUCCCGCAUAGACCGAACCAUAAUGCAGAGGGGAUAUGAAACCAUGGAUGCCGGUUACAGUACAUGGAUUGGGAUGAUCUUUGCUGACCAUCAUCAUAACAACCCAGUCAUGGUAUGUUUCUGCCACCUGCUGGUCUCCAACAAGCUGGGAAAGCCCCACACAUCUGAAUACGCCACAUUCAGCGACACUAUGCCAGAAUCCAAUGUUAAUAACCGGGCCAGGAGGCGCUGGCUGUUGCUUUAUACCUUACUGAAGAACCCUCGUCUGAUCCUGCUCAGGAAGCACCACCUCUCUGCAUCUUCUUCAUCAUCAUCACCAUCAUCGUCUGCCCCGUCAGAGACUGUGGUACAGGCUUGGGUCAUGGCAUCUCAAACACAGACCAACCAAACAGGGUUGCAGUCACUACCAGAGAUCACAGUCACACCAGCAGAAGACUGUUAAGAAGAGCACUUCCAUAGAUUCUGGCUUCCAAAAUGAAUCACAUGGCGGUUUCUCUAAAUGUUGCAGAGAAAAAAACUGUGGGGUUUUCAGUGAGUCUGCUUUGAGGGCAAUCAUUUUUCAUAAGUUGGCAGAUCUGAUGUUAUUUGUCACCUGGAUCAUUCGGUGUCAACUCAGCAAGAUUAGAGGAGAUCAGUUGCUGGACCACCUCAGAAUCUCUUGAAACUUUGUAAGAAUGAUCUUCCCAUUUAUUUUGGCUGAUAUUCCAAAAUUUUAAUAAUUUUUCACUCAAUGGAAAUUAUUGAUAAAUCAUUUAUGAGUUGGCAAUUGGAUGAGAUGCCACUUUCAGAUGUUCAUAUCUCUUGAAAUAUACAUCCUCGGGUCUUCAAACUUUCAAAUUCAGGAUUUAUUUAGAAAUUGUAAACAAAGUGGAUUAUCAAAAAAGAUGAAAAUUAUAUCUCUAACACAUAGGAUUUAUUUGAUCAAUUUAAUUUGUGACAAUAAUAUCUGAAUAACAUUACCAAUGCUUAGAAAUCUUUCAUAUGUUAAUAGGCCAAACGGACAUCUUGGAUCAUGCGUAGGCUGAUGAAAUUUAGAAUAGUCAGAGAUGGAAGUAUCAUCUAUUUGUGUGCCAAGUUUCGCUGCGUUGACAUGGAAUGACCCAGCUACAUUAACAUCCUCAAGGAAAUUUCUCACUUAAGACUUACAGGAUAUAUUGCAGACUAUGUGAUCAUAUUAGGUCCCCAGUCUGUCAACUCAGAAUAACAUAAAUACAUUUUUUUUUAAAAGGAAAUCCAGAAUAACGUACUCAUUUGGGUUUAAUUUAAUACAGUUGUGAGAACUAGUGCCACAGAAUAAUUGCAGCAGUUUAAGUGGUUUCAUAGGUUUGUGUUGUCUGUAAUAUGUAAGCUUGCAUUUGACUUGUUCAUCACUGGUCAGAACUAACGCAUCAGCUGUAAAUUUUAAAAUGUGAAUUUGAGUGAAAUUUAUGCUGCUACACUGUAUGCAAACUCUGUCAAGGUUGAAUAGGAAGGUUUGUACAUAAUCACAACCACUGUCUAUUCUGGAUAUGGAUCUGGUGCUUUGCAGCUGGGGUUUUUUUUUUUUUUUUUUUUUUGCAUAGUUUAUUUUGUUUAGAUAAUGUGUCCAAUGCUACACUACAAUUCUGCUUUUUUCUGGGUUUGUAUUGUGGAAUCUAACUUGUUAUAAACAUUUAUGCACAACCGUUUUAUGUUCUCAAUAAAUAUUUGGUUGCAAUAAA